AUGGGGUGGCGCGAUGAAGCGUUCUUAGAAAAAUUAAAAUCCCCAGUACUUGUAGUUGGAGCCGGCGGAAUUGGAUGCGAAUUGUUGAAAGAUUUGGUUCUGUCAGGUUUCUCCAAUAUAGAAGUUAUUGAUUUGGAUACAAUUGACGUCAGUAAUCUAAAUAGGCAAUUUUUAUUUCGUCGAGAACAUGUUGGGCAGCCCAAGGCUAAGGUUGCUGCAGAAGCUGUUCGAAAGCUCGCUCCGAAUUUGAAAAUUGUGGACCAUUGCGCUUCUAUAUUUGAUGAGAGUUAUGGCUUUGACUUCUUCCAGAAAUUUGCUUUAGUUUUCGGCGCGUUGGAUAAUCGAGCUGCAAGGGCACACAUAAAUAGACUAUGUUUGGCUGCAAGGGUACCUUUAAUUGAUGGUGGUUCCGCUGGGUAUCGAGGGCAGGUUAGUGUCAUCAUUCGCGAUCGUACUGAAUGCUAUGAAUGUGUGCCAAAACCAACAAGGAAGACCUAUCCAGGUUGCACUAUAAGAAAUACUCCAUCAGAAAUGGUUCACUGUGUUGUUUGGGCAAAACAUCUUUUCAGCCAAUUGUUUGGAGAGAUUGACGCGGAGAAUGAGGUCUCACCUGACGUUAGUGAUAGGGAUGCAUUUGAUGGGCAGGAUGAGGCUAUGAGUAAUGGGAACGAAAACGGUAAGACUGACGGUGAGGGUGAAGACGGUGCUGGAGUAGUUAGUGUAAGGGAAUGGGCGACUGUAAAUUCUUACAACCCUGAAGUUCUUUUCCGUAAAUUUUUCCACGACGAUAUCAAUUAUUUGCUAGAAAUGACUAAUUUAUGGAAAGAACGUCGUAAACCAGUACCUUUAGAUUGGGAUGACCUACUAAAUCAGAAUCCCGGAUCAAGCAGUAGAGACUCAGAUGGAGCGGUGUGGACUCCUCUGCAGUGCAGAGAGCAUUUCGAAAGUGCUUUGAAGGUUUUAAAAGAAAGGGCUAAGGAAGGGACAAUCCUUAAUUGGGACAAAGAUGACGACGCAUCAAUGAAUUUCGUUGGGGCAUGCUCAAACCUUCGUGCUUUUAUUUUUAACAUUCCUUUGAAGACGCUUUUUGAGCUUAAAUCCAUAGCUGGAAAUAUUAUUCCAGCAAUUGCGACGGCAAAUGCUAUUGUUGCGGGAAUGGCAGUCGUUGAGGCUAUGAAAAUAAUCUCUGGGCGCGAUUCAAUGUUGCGAAAUAUCUUUAUUCAACCUUCUCCAGUUGGACGUUUUUGGAGGAAGCUACUAUCUGAUGAAAUACCAGUACAGCCAAAUCCUAAAUGUUACGCUUGCUCAAAACGUCGGGAAGUGAUUGUCAAAAUGAAUACUGCGAAAACUUCAAUGCGUGCUUUGGAAAAGAAGCUUUUGAAAGGCUUGCUUGCUAUGAAGGACCCUGAUGUUAUUGUAGCUGGCACUCCUAAUUUGAUCUUGUCCAGUGAGGACGGUCUUGCCGAAGAGAUGGCAGGAAAGAUGGUGGAAUCUGUUGGUGUUGUAAACAGUACAAUUUUGGAGUGUGACGACUUUCAACAGAAAUUUGAAUUGCGAGUCCGAGUUGUUCAUAGCGACGAAAUGGAAGCUGAUCAGUUCGUAAUACUUACGGAUUCCGAAGAAACAAAUAAUGGUUUGUUUUAUUUUUUUACAAUACUCAAUAAUUCUGCUCAUUUGCUUUUAUAA